CGUACCUACCAAGGUACGUGAAUUCUUUAAUUCCAACCAAGUACAUUACACAACACACUUCCAUAAUACCACUCCCAAACUCAUACGCAUUAUACUAUAAACGACACCACCAACAACAUCAAAACAAGGAACGCAAUUUAAAAAGAAAAAAAACUCUAUCGACAUCGCCCCACCACUCCACCCAUCAUGGCGACGACCACGGCGCCGCCCCCACCGCCCUCCGAGCUAGCGAAGCAGAUCCUCGAGCACAAAGCCCCCUCCUACACCUUCAGCUUCUCGCCCUUCCUCCGCUCGACCUACGGCCACGGCUUCCCGCCCAACCGGCCCGUCUGCAAAGCCUUUGUCGCGGGCCACUGCCCGGCGGGCUCCUCCUGCGGCGACCGACACGUCGCGCCGAACGCGGCGAGCAGCACGAACGCGAGCUACAACUCGCUCGUGUGCAAGCACUGGCUGCGCGCCCUGUGCAAGAAGGGCGAGAGCUGCGAGUUCCUGCACGAGUACAACCUGCGCAAGAUGCCCGAGUGCAACUUCUUCGUCCGCAACGGCUACUGCUCCAACGGCGACGAGUGCCUCUAUCUACACAUCGACCCCCAGUCCAAGUUGCCCCCUUGCCCGCACUACGACCGCGGCUUCUGCCCCCUGGGCCCGACCUGCAGCAAAAAGCACGUGCGCCGGAAGCUGUGCCCGUACUACCUCGCCGGCUUCUGCCCCGAGGGCAAGCUGUGCAAGGACGGCGCGCACCCGCGGUGGGACAAGAAUCUCGAGAAGCCGAUCGCGAAGGCGGAUGUGAUACCCGAGGAGCCGAUCCGGAGAGACGAUUUUGGAAUGGAUGAUGAGCCGAGGGAGUUUGGACGACGGGAUAGGGAUGAUAGGGGAGGAAGAGGUGACAGGUUUGGAGGUGGACGGGGUGGUCGGUGGAGAGGAAGAGGCGAUAGGAAGUUUGGGCGGGGACGGGGCCAUCAUUGAAGAGGCUGAGGUUCGAGACGGCCACGCUAGUAACGGGUUCGCCCUCGAUAUCCCAACAAAACCUCCACAGAGAACACUCGAUCCCGACCCGACAAGACAGUGUAGAAGCCACCGUUUGCGUCUACUUCUACGCACAUUACCUCGUACCUCCCAGUCGAUACGUACGCGCUACAGUGUAAGAUACCUACUCAGUCACCGAAUCACGAUACGAGGAUGAAGGACAUGAUGCUCAACGGGCGGGGGGUUCUCGUAGGAUUGCUUCAAGUGGAAAUGAAUGUCAGGCCAUGUUUGCUAGAUUAAACACCUUGGAUUAACCAACUACAUAUGUUAGGGGGGUCUUUUCUAGGAAGUUUACGAGCUCAAGAUACCCCGGGGACAUUGUUAGGUAGUUCAAGAUAUCAAGCAAUAAACCAUUUCAUAACAUUAAAAAAAA